AUGACUUCAGCAGAUAAGGAGUUUGCAGACGAUAGCAACUUUUCGCCAAAAGCCAGCACCAGCAAGCUGCCAACAGAUGCGUCUCCUGACUCUAAAUGCCCCAUCUGCUUGGAUAGUUUUGACAAUGUUGCAUAUCUAGAUCGCUGCUUGCAUAGGUUCUGUUUCCGCUGUGUCCAGGAGUGGUCAAAAAACAAAGCAGAAUGCCCUCUCUGCAAGCAACCCUUUUUUUCCAUUUUCCAUACAAUUCGCGCUGAAGAUGACUUUAAGGAGUACAUACUCAGCCCUUCAGAAAAUAGCUCUUUUGCCAGCCCUGAUGGCCGGAGAUUUCGUUACCGUACCACCUUAACAGGGGAACGCCGCAGUGGCAGUUCCCCUUCCCGAAGGACGCUGACCCCUCCAGAUAAUGGGAUAUUGUUUGAAGGGUUGUCGAGCGAACCAGUGCGGCAGAGAGAUGGAGAGAUUCAGCAGAUGAUAAGGAGGCUGGCCUCAAGGAGGCAGGCUAGUGCAGAAGGCAGAUCUCUGCGGCAGAUUCAGGAGGAGGAGAUGAUCAGCUUCCGCAGAGCUCUGUACCGUACUGGUGUGCGUAUUCGUAGUAUUCAGGAUGGUGGCCGCUAUCGAGACAUUUCAGCAGAGUUCUUCCGCCGCAACCCUGCUUGCCUUCACAGGUUGGUUCCUUGGUUGAAGCGAGAACUUACAGUCCUGUUUGGUGCCCAUGGAUCUUUGGUUAAUAUUGUACAGCACAUUAUCAUGAGCAAUGUGACUAGGUAUGAUCUGGAAAGUCAGGCCUUUGCUGAAGAUUUAAAGCCAUUUUUGCUGAAUCGGACUGAACACUUCUUACAUGAAUUCAUCAGUUUUGCCCGUUGUCCUUUUAACUUAGAAGCAUAUGAUCAACACGCCAAUUAUGACUGUCCUGCGCCAUCAUAUGAUGAAGGAAGCCACUCAGACUCGUCAAUUAUUACAAUAUCUCCAGAUAUGUCAUAUUCUCAAGGGCCAGGUAACGGUUUGUCUGUGACUGGUCUGGGUCAGGCCCCCUGGGAUGAUGAAACUCCGGGGCCUUCCUAUUCCAUUUCAGAAGAGGUUCGUGCAACCAUAGCUUCUCCUCUGGAAAUGUCAGAAAGUUCUGAUGAGGACUCUGCUACAAAGAGUCGAAGAAACAAACUGCAAACUCAGUUACAGGCUAAUGCUGACUCAAAUGACAGUGACCUUUCCUCGGACAAUUGUGUUAUUGUUGGGUAUGUUAAGCCGUUAGCUGAGAGGACACCAGAAGUGGUUGAGCUGUCCUCGGACUCUGAAGAGUCCAUCAGGGAAGAGAAAAGGGAAGAUGUGAAGAAACAGCAGCCAAUCCAGUGUCGCAGCUGGAGUGAUAGUGAACCAAGCAGGAGUUUCUCACCACAUUCCCCCACAUAUAAGGAGGAUGUAGGUAGUUGUAGAAGCUGCUUAUCUCCUGCAGUUGAGAAGACAGAGUCAAAAGAUGAGAACAACAAAUGUAAGGUAAAAGAUCUGUCUCCACGGGACUUGAGCUGGAGCCCCUCUCCAGGGAGUGACACAGUAUGCUCCCCUUGGAAUCACAGAGUGUCUAGAAAGGGAAAGUCCAGGAGCCCACAAUCCUGUUCACGGAACAGUCGAGGCAGUCAUGGCCAUCGGUCUAGGAGGGAGCAUCAUAGCAAAAGCCAGUUUAAAAGGAGACGAUCGAGAAGCAGAGAUAGUAGCAAACAUAAGAGCAAAAGAAGCAGCAGGACGUCGAGGGCUCAUGACACCAGACUCUCUCUAAAAAGCCAGAGAGGCUCUCUAAGUCGUGAGAGCACUCCAUCCAGAGAAGUAAGCAGAUCACGAUCACGUAGCAAAGGCUACGGCAAAAGGAGAUCAAGAAGUAGAGAGAGUGAUCGUUAUUAUGUAAGAGACAAUUAUCAAAGUAGAUACCCGUGGGGUUAUGCUUUCUGUAAUCGAAAGGCGUUCGGAGAUGGCUAUGAAUCCUCCAGCAGGAGGAGGACUCAGUCUAAUGCUCUCUACUCAAGGCAAUCUGCUAGUCCGCAAUACAGGAUGCGAUCAUUUAUUGAAAGGGCAGAUCUGCAUAGCCAGAGGGGAGUCCAUGAGAGACACUAUUACUGUUAUGAAAGAUGCAGGUCAAGGAGUCGAUCAAGCAACAGGUCAAGGACACCUUCUGGAGGAACUGACAGAAUGAAAAGUGAAAAGCCUGGUGGAAAAAGGAAGUACAAAACUCGCCACUUGGAGAAUGCAUUGAUGGAGAGCACAAGUCUAGAAAGAGACAGUGACCCCAAGAAAACUUCCUCAAAAUUCAGUGACUGCUACAAAAAUGAAGAUAGCCUUUCAGACAAUCGAGCAAGCAGUGAGACAAAGCAUAAGAAAAAGAAAAAAAAGAUGAGGAGUCCUAGUGUGGAGAUAGUCUAUGAAGGAAAAGCGACAGACACAACAAGGCAUCUUAAAAAGAAAAAGAAGAAGCAUAAGAAGAAACACCGGAAACACCACAUGAGUAACUCGGCACAUUCUUCUCCAGUGGUGAUUACAAUUGAUAGCGAUAGUAGCAAGGAGCCAGAAAGUAUCGAAUGUGACAGCAGUAUUACUUGGACAGGCACAACUCAGAUAAAUGAGAGGGAAAAUGAGUCUCCGUCUUCUUUUCUGGAAAUGACAGGAUGUGAAGAUGUUUACAGAGUUGGUGAGGAAACUGGAGGAGCAGCCAAAAGGUACAGUAUUCCUACCAGAAGGGGAGACUUAGGUGGUGACAUUAGAAAUGCUGAUGUCGAACUUCGAGAAACAGCAGCUGAUCAGAGCCUUGUCAGAGCGGAUACCAGCAGUAACACUCCUCACAUAGAAACUGUAACCAGCUACAUUCAAGAAGCACCAGCAGCGCCUUCCAGUCAACUGCCUUCCCCCAGGAUUUCCUUCCUAGAGCGUCCAGAGAGACGACCACUGAUACUAGGACUGCCAAAGAGACUUUUCAACAGAUCCUCUUGGUUUGAUUUCCCAGAAGAAAAAAUGUAGCACGCGUUCCACAGAACACUUCUUAAAAUUGUGAAUUUCUUUUAACUACUUUUUUCCCCUUGAGAAUGAGAACACCUGAUGUGAUUUGUGUAUGUUAAAAGAUGUCUGGGAAAUGUGUAAAACCUUUGAAUGUGUAUGCACUUUUAAGUCAAACAAGAUAGAAUAUUGCUAGUACGUAACUUUUAAAGUUUCUCAGAAGGCUGUUUGGAAGUUGUAAUUUCAUAAAGCCAUUCUGUAUUCUUGUAGUAUGUAAAAUAUAUCCACAGAGUAUUUCAAAGUUUUGUUUAAAACAAACAACAAAAAAGGAGCCCAAACCAAAAGCCAGAAAAUGCAGUUUAUGGGGAUUGCUAUUCUUAGACAAAGAAAAAAUUGCUUAGUUCAUAAGAAAUUAUUCAGGUUGAAUUCUACUGUUGUUUUAAUCUAUUUGGUUUAAGUUGAUCUCUGCUGAAAAGUAGUCAGCGGUUUCUGUAUAGAUCUUCCAUAGGACUUCCAGUAACGUAAAAGUGAGCUAUGUCAAAAUCUGAAUAAAGCAAUAAGACUUUU